AGAAGAUUAGUUCCACCACCGCGCUCAUUGUUGUUUUGUCGUGAUGCUGGCUUAAUACAAACUGUUAGAAAUGUUGUUUCUGAAAAUAGAAAAAUACAGUUUUUGAACCAGGUCAGUAAAUACCUUUAAUAUUCUCAUCCCCACAGUCGUGACUAGGUUUUGAAGCGAGCAGGUGUGCUGGUGUCUUGCUGCUGUGAAGAUGGUGUUUGUUAAAAAGGAGAGUGAAGAGAACACGAGUGAACCAGAAACUAUAAGAAUAAAACACGAGGAACCAGAAACCUGGAGAAUAAAACACGAGGAACCAGAAACCUGGAGAAUAAAACAGGAGGAACCAGAAACCAGGAGAAUAAAACAGGAGGAACCAGAAACCAGGAGAAUAAAACAGGAGGAACCAGAAACCAGGAGAAUAAAACAGGAGGAACCAGAAACCUGGAGAAUAAAACACGAGGAACCAGAAACCUGGAGAAUAAAACACGAGGAACAAGGAGGCCUGAUGAAAAUGAAAGAAGAAAGACAAGAUCUGAUUGAGGUGGAUGAGAAAUAUCCGGAUCAGAAAGAUGUCAAUGAAGAAAAAUCUGUGAGUUGCAGCAUUAAAACAACAGAAGUCAAGAGGCCUUUCAGCUGCUCUGAGUGUGGAAACAAUUUCACGUGUAAAGCAAGCCUUAAGAAGCACAUGUUAAUUCAUGCUGGGAUAAAGCCGUUCUCCUGCUCUCAGUGUGGAAAGUGUUUAACAAAGAAAUCAGGCCUUAAUAAGCAUUUGUUAAUUCAUACUGGGAUAAAGCCUUUUACCUGCUCUCAGUGUGGAAAGAGUUUUACCUGUAAAGCAAGUCUUAAGAUGCACAUGUUAAUUCAUGCUGGGAUAAAACCUUUCAGCUGCUCUCAGUGUGGAAACACUUUCAGACAUAAAGCAAGCCUUAAGAAGCACAUGUUUAUUCAUACUGGGAUAAAGCCUUUCAUCUGCUCUCAGUGUGGAAAGAGUUUUACGUGUAAAGCAAGUCUUAAGAUGCACAUGUUAAUUCAUGCUGGGAAAAAGCCUUUCUCCUGCUCUCACUGUGAAAAGAGUUUUAGAUCUAAAUCACAGCUUAAGCUGCACAUGUUCAUUCAUACUGGGGAAAAGCCUUUCUCCUGCUCUCAGUGUGGAAAUAGUUUUACACAGAAAUCAAGCCUUAGGGAUCACAUGUUAAUUCAUGCUGGGGAAAAGCCUUUCUCCUGUUCUCAAUGUGGAAAGAGUUUUAGAUGUAAAUCACACCUUAAGCUGCACAUGUUAAUUCAUACUGGGGAAAAGCCUUUUUCCUGCUCUCAGUGUGGAAAGAGUUUUACACAGAAAUCAAGCCUUAAGGAUCACAUGUUAAUUCAUGCUGGGAAAAAGCCUUACUCCUGUUCUCAAUGUGAAAAGAGUUUUACGUCGAAGCGACAACUUAAUGUUCAUUUGGUAACUCACACUUAAUAAAAGCCUUUUACCUGCUCUCAGGCAUGUUAAAGGGGUCAUCGAAUGCCCAUUUUCCACAAGCUUUAGGGUCUUAAAGGGGUAAUAUGAUGCGAUUUCAAUUUUUCCUUACUCUUUGGAGUAUUACAAGCUCUUGUUGCAUAAAGUUGCAAAGACUAAAGUCUUAAAUCAUAAAGACUUAACUUUAUAAAAGUUAAGGGUCAACCACAACCCUUUAAAUGGCUCAUUCUACCAUGCCCCCACAUCUCGAUGUCUCUUUGUGGGAAGAAUUACAUAACACCGCCCAAAUGUUCAGACAAAGAAUGGUGGCGUAACAUUUAUUCUCUUGAUGUGUGUUUCAUUGAAGUGAAAGUUUGUUUGGUCUUCCAAAAGAGGACAUGACUAGAAAUCAGUGGUUAAGUUGUAUGUUAACACUGUUUCAGAACAGUCCAACACAAAUAUUUAGAUGUAUGCUGCACAUUUUAUGGAUGAUGAGGACUGUUUCCUGUACCUGUUUCUAUAGUUGUGCAGUUCAAAGUUUUCAAGACAGUCUGGCUCUUCUGACUCACAGCCUGUAAGUACGUUUUUUAUAUUUAAAUAAUUUGCAGUAGAGUAGGCUUGUUGUUUCUCAGAUCACAAAUGCAGACAGUUUUAUGUUAACAUAGCGCAAUACGCAACGCAAAAAGACAUAAGUCAUUAUAAUUAGUAAUUAUAUCCCGCUGGAUGCAACAUAUGCCGUUUGUAAUGGGUUUUAUUUGUUUUGUCUUGUCUAUCACGAACAAAUGUUUCUAUUUGACCGAAUCUUCUUAGUCAAACCAGUUAAAAAAAUCUAUCUGAAUCCUUUGAAACGGUAUGCGUCUCCAGUAUGCACUAAUCCACAAAUAGCUUAAGUUAUUUGGUUUAUAUAUGUGCCUUAAGGAGGUCACACACUGGACGAGAAGUGCAGGGUCGCUCCAGUCCACGUCUAGGACAACUCGAGAUAUUGCACACCGGACGCUCACAUUCUGUACACUGGAGCUCAAUAUCGAAUCAAGUUCUGAGCUGCAAGAGGAAUGAGUUAUAAUUCAUUUAUUAUUAUUUUAAAUACAUUAUUUUAAUUGAUAAUAACUGAGUUUUGUACAUUAAUUUAUUAAAAUAAUCUGUUAUAAUUUAGUCUAGGCUAUCAUUAGCAUUCUAGAUUGCCAUUCAUCAAUUGUUUUGUAUUAUAAGCAACUUCAAAAUUUCUAAUGCUGUAGCUACUAAUACUGAUUUGUUUGCUCAAUAAAAACAAAGAAGCUACAUAUAUUUUAAUUAUGGUUAUUUCUUAACGUUUCUUAGGACUGUCACUGUACAUUUUACCUUGGAUCGAAAAUUAGACAUUCUUACUUGAAAAACUGAUGACGACAUGCUAUCUUCCUCCACGUUUAUGACUUCCUCAUGUUGUAUUUAAAGAAUCUAUGGUUGGUUGCAUAUAAUUCUGGGUAUUUCCCUACAUCGUUGAUUAGUUCAUCUUUUGCGGUC